AUGAUUAAAAUACGAUGAUGGAAAAAAUAAACAAAUGAUUUUGAAAGAUAGAUACUGUGUGUUUAAACUUUUGAUCUGAGUUUAUUAAAGAUUUAAGAAGUUUAUAUUUGAUAACAAUCAUGGCAAAUGAUCGAGAAGUGUUAAAAGUUAUGUGGGAAGGAAAAAUUCCAGUGAAAUUCAUUACAGAAGAUGAUCAUGACGAUCAAGAUUCAUAUUUUUUAAUGGUUCCUCGAGUCUCAUAUUUUCCUUUAGUCACAGAUAAAGUGAAAAAGCACUUCCAACGAUACAUUGAAAAUGAAGAAAAUGAAGUUUGGUUGAGUUACAACGAAAUUCCAUUAAAGUGGCAUUUCCCAAUUGGAUUGUUAUUCGAUCUUCUAGCCACUGACGACUCUCUACCAUGGCAAAUCAAAGUCAAUUUUAAGAAAUUUCCUGAAGAUGUUCUUUUUAAAUGUUCAAACAAAGAUGUCGUUGAGAGUCACUUCAUGUCAUGCUUGAAAGAAGCCGAUGCCCUUAAACAUAAGGGUCAGGUAAUUUCGCAAAUGCAAAAAAAAGAUCACAAAACUUUGUUCUUGGGAUUAUUAAAUGAUAAGUUUGAUCAAUUUUGGGCAGUGAAUCGUCGAUUAAUGGAGUCAGCAGAACAAGAAGGAUUCAAGCACAUUCCUUUGAGGUGCUACAGUGAUGAUGGAUCCAGCACAUAUAUCCAAAAAUUAAUUGUGCCAAUAACGGAAACGGGUCAAAAAAAGACGCUUCAGGACUUGCUAUCAGAGUUUUCGACACCUGCCAGAAAAGCAGUUGGCGCUAAAUCACAUGGCAUUGAAAUUCCAAUAGACACGGAGCUUCAAUGGCUCAGCGAGACGCUUAGUUAUCCUGACAACUUUCUGCACUUGGUUUUGAUCUAUGAAUAAACAAAUUUUUGUGGAAUUUUUCUUGUCUCAUCACAUUCUCAGUGUCAUGAAUUUACUUUGCGUUCUUUUUUAGUAUUAAAAAGGAAAUAAAAUUAAAAUAAAAAAGCUUAAUAAAAAGAUAAUCAAAGAGGUCAAAUUAA